AUGGUUGUCUCCUCUAUGCAGCACCACCCCCACCACUCGCAGGGUCCGGCGCCUCCCCAGCACUUACAGCAUCCUCGACCCUCAAGCAUUGUUCACCAACAACACCAUCAGGCGCCUCCACCGCAGCCGCAGCUUCCAUCCGCGUACUCGUCCUAUCAACCCGCGGGUCAACCUCCCAGUGCUCAGCACGCGCAGGAUUUGCCGUACUACGCUCACCAGAGCCCUUAUAGCACUCCAGGUACGACCAGCGGAUACACAUCCGCAGAUACCUCCGACAUGAUGGCCGCCGCACAAAUGCCCAGACCCUACCCGCCAAUGUCAUAUCACACGCCUCAAUCCAAUUCUCCAGCUUCCGUCGCGUCGCCUUCUGGUCACGACCAGCACCGCAGCAUCUACGGCCAGCCGCCUUCGCAACUCCAACAGCAAUCCAUGUACUAUGGCGCGCAGCAGCCUCAGUACUCGUCGAUGCCGGCACAACCUGCUCCCUCUCCAUACCAACAACACGCCCAGCAACCGCACCAGUCCAUGACAUCGCAACCUAACAUGAUGAUGUCGCACGGUGGACAACCGCAUCAGAUGACCCAACAUGCGAGUCAGCACGCGCAGUCUGGAAUGACGGGUAGCCCGCGACACGCCAAGAUGGAGUCGCAAGUACCACCGCAACUGCAAAGACCGGCCUCUGGUCCUCUUGGUACGCCGCAACAGCACAGCCAGAACGGCCAAGGGCCGUUGUCCACGCCGACGGGAUCUACUCCGGGCGUUAACAAUAACGCUGCUCCGGGUCCUAUUCCGGCGACAACGCCGCUCGUGGUGCGGCAGGACAACAAUGGUGUCCAGUGGAUUGCCUUUGAGUAUUCUCGGGAUCGCGUCAAGAUGGAGUACACGAUUCGUUGCGACGUAGAAUCGGUGAACACGGACGAGCUUUCGGCUGAGUUCAAGACCGAAAACUGCGUUUACCCGCGUGCGUGUUGCGCCAAGGAUCAGUAUCGAGGCAACCGUCUGCAGUAUGAGACAGAGUGCAACACGGUUGGGUGGGCCUUGGCACAGCUCAACCCUUCUCUUCGCGGCAAGCGAGGACUGAUCCAGCGCGCAGUUGACAGCUGGCGCAACAGCAAUCAAGAUCCGCGGCUGCGAAGUCGCCGGGUUCGUCGCAUGGCGAAGAUGAAUAAUCGCAAGGCGGUUCAGACCCCCCAUCCCUCGCACAUGUCCGGCCCCAGUGGUCCGGCAGGGAUCCCCGCCCCUGGCUCCAUGGGCCCUGGUGGGGGACCAGCCAUGGGGAAGCCUGGAAUGAGCAACAUGGGUCCGCAGAUGCACCACCACCACGCGCACGAAGGAAACGCCCAGGGUGGAGGAGACGAAGUCGGGGACGGAGAAUAUAUGGAUGAGGCUCAUCAUCACCACCACCAAGCCCCGGCUGGGCCCGGCUCUGGCAGCUCGGACGACGUUCGUCCCGCCCAGGUCUUCGCCGGCUACCCCCAGCAGUAUCCCAGCACCUCGGCUUCCGGAUCGUCCAUGCCGCCGGUCCACGACGGCAUCAGCGGCUCUUCUCAUCAGAAUGCCAUCGCCGCCAACCACCGCCACAGCAGAGAGGACGACGAGAACCCUUCAGGCUUGUUUCCGGAUAUCCCUGAAGCUAAGAAACGCAAGUUCAUUCUUGUCGAAGACAACAAGCGAGGCUGCCGCCUGCGGGUUCGCGUCACCUUAGAAAGUGUCGACACAAAGGAGAUUCCAGACUCUUUCCGUAAAAGCUCAUCCGUGUUCCCUCGCAGCUACUUCCCGCGUGAGAUGCAGAGCCCGCCACCCAGCGCUACGGGAAGUCGGUUUUUCCAAGACGAUAUGAGCGACGACGAUGUAGAGGUCGAAGGUGGCCGGACUGGACGAUCAAGAGGCAACAAUAGUCGAGAUCGUAUCAUGGUCAAGAUCCCUACUGCCGACGGCUCCGACGCCGAGGUUGCUAUCCCCCGAACUCGUAAGGGCACACGUGGCAGAGAGGUUCGGUUGAACGACCUGGGCUACCGCAUGGCGUGGUUGCAGAGUCGUGUGUUUGCAGGUCGCACCAUUUUCCUGCAAAGAGCCCUGGAUUGUUAUCGCAACAAAACUCGCAGCGCCAUCGAGACCAUGAUGCAAGAUGUGAAGACGGCGGCGCCUCACUACGAAACUCGAAUCGGCAAGAGACGCUGGGGCGAACGCAUGCGACGUGGAGAGAAACGUGAUGAUGAGUGA